GGUGACGAGGAGAGAGAACUAGCUGUGAUCUUCUUACAAAAGUUAAUCCGUGGAAGAGCAAUACAGAACAUGAUGUUUGAAGGAAAGGAGAAACGCUUGGAACUGAUACAGGAACUGCGCACAACACACGCUCUACAGGAAGACAGACAGCUUCUGAAGAAGGAAGAAAAGCAGCUAACUCUAGCACUACAGCGCCAGAGACAACUGAGUGAGCACAAGAGAUCCACAGAAGACGAGCACUUGUCCAGACUAGAAGGUGAGGUUCUAUCAGACAUGUUCGAAUUUCUGUCGAAGGAGCUGGUGAGAUUGCAGGAGGAGCGCAGAAUCCACGCUUUUGCGAUGUUGGCUGAGCGACACAGGCGUAUUCGAGAGGCAGAGGAGAGCGGGAGAAGGCAGGUGGAGGAGAGGCGACGAAGGGAGGAGGACGAAAUCUUCAGACAGGUGGUCAGUGUUCGUCAAAGCACCGUAGACUCCUACCUGGAGGAUAUUAUUCUUAGCAGCACGGAGCAGACGGCUGAUGAGCAAGCCCGCAAGGAGAUCCAGAGGCAGGCUGAGGAGAUCAAUGACAUUGCCUAUGAGAUGGAGAGCAG